CAACGAUUAAAAAAAAAAAAAAAAAAACAGUGUGUCACGUCAGUACGCAGAACGUUCGUGGGAUCUGUCUCUCUAGCAGCCUUCAAAAUCCGUAAUGGUUCCCUAAUCUUUACUCCCAAUUUUCAACUCUCUUUUUUCUCCAUCCAAACAGAAAAUAAGCCAUUACACGCACAACAAUGGAGCAUUUCAAAGCCCUAGAAAUCGUCCAGAAGACUCCAAACUCCCGCGUCUCCCACCUCUACCUCAACCGCCCAUCCCAUGGAAAUGCUCUCUCUCCCGACUUCUUCUCCGAAUUCCCUAGAGCCCUCGCUACCCUCGAUCAAAACCCAGACGUCAACGUAAUCGUCCUUUCCGGCGCCGGGAAGCACUUUUGUUCCGGAAUCGACCUGUCAUCCCUGGGAUCUGUCAACUCCCACUCCGGAGACCGAGGUCGCUCCGGAGAGAAGCUCCGUCGAGAUAUCAAGUUCCUCCAGGACUCGGUCACCGCAGUCGAGCGGUGCCGGAAGCCCGUAAUCGCUUCUGUACACGGGGGGUGUAUCGGCGGUGGCGUUGACAUCGUGACUGCCUGUGACAUAAGGUUUUGCACAGAAGACGCGUUCUUCUCGGUCAAGGAGGUGGACUUGGCUAUAACCGCUGACCUCGGGACGCUUCAGAGGUUGCCCGCUAUAGUCGGGUACGGUAACGCGAUGGAGUUGGCUCUUACGGGUCGGAGGUUCUCGGGUUCGGAAGCCAAGGAGUUGGGUCUGGUAUCCAAAACUUUCAGUUCCAAAGGCGAAAUGGACAAAAAAGUCGGACUUAUUGCCGAAGGAAUUGCAGCCAAGUCUCCACUAGCAGUCACAGGGACAAAAGCGGUGCUACAAAGAAGCAGGGACCUGAGUUUGGAACAAGGGUUGGAUUAUGUUGCUACAUGGAACUCUGCUAUGCUAGUCGGAGACGAUUUGACGGAGGCAGUCUCGGCACAUACCCAGAAGAGAGAGCCUGUUUUCGCCAAGCUCUGAUUGUGUUUUAAACUAAACGUGAUGUGUUGUGUUGCGUUUGUAAUUGGAAAUUGCUAAGCUGAUUACCAUCCCAUUUAUUGUUGUAUUAUUACAGGGCCAAGGCUAUGCUAGUAUUGGAUGAUUACUGGGUGCAAAUUAAAAAUAUGAAUUUUAUUUUUUGUACCAUA